AGAACUCCUAUAAAUCAUUUUUGGUGAAAAGUACUCCUAUAUAUGUAGUAUGAACCAAAAAAUAAGCAGACUAGUUUUGUAAUUAAAUUAGCAUCAUAGAUAGAAUGGAUCAUGUCACCAUUUUCUUGAUCUUAUGGAUCACCUUGCUCAUUUCCUGUAAUGGAUUUGAUGCUAAACAACCAAAUUCUUUUGAUGUGAUAGACUAUGGAGCUGUUGGAGAUGGCACAACUGAUGACUCGGGGGCCUUUAUGAAAGCAUGGGCUGCGGUGUGUGGAGCCGAUCCUUCAGACACUCCCACCCUCACCAUACCUUCUGGGAAGACAUUCUUGUUGAAGCCUUUGGAGUUCAAUGGUCCUUGCAAGCCCCACAACGUUAAUGUUGAGGUUUCAGGGAGCAUAGUUGCGCCCAAUUCCAUAUCAGGAUAUGAGGGACAUGAUGUGUGGCUUUCUUUCAAAGGCAUAGAUGGCCUCAUCAUCUCUGGAACUGGCCAAAUUGAUGGCCGAGGCAGUGUUUGGUGGUGGGAACCUAAUGAAACGAGCAACCAACGAAGACCCAAGGCACUAUCUAUUCAUAGCUGUAAUGGUCUUCAACUAAGUGGUUUGACGCAUAUGAACAGCCCAAAAAAUCAUAUCUCCAUCAAUGGCUGCAAUGGAGUAACUAUUUCUCAUCUCAAUAUCACUGCGCCACAAAACAGCCCAAACACUGAUGGUAUUGACAUAUCAGCCUCAACCCAAGUUCUGAUCCAUGAUUCUUACAUUGGUACAGGAGAUGAUUGUGUGGCCAUUAACGGUGGUACCUCUUUUAUCAACAUUACUGAGGUUAGAUGUGGACCAGGCCAUGGCAUAAGUGUGGGAAGCUUAGGAGCAAAUGGAGCUCAUGAAACAGUGGAAGAAGUCCAUGUGAAAGACUGUAAUUUCUCUGGAACCGAGAAUGGAGCAAGGAUCAAGACAUGGCAGGGGGGAUCUGGAUAUGCUAAGAAGAUCUCUUUCGAGCAAAUCACACUUACAGAUGUAAAAAGCCCCAUCAUCAUCGAUCAAUAUUACUGUAAUUCAAACGUUUACUUACCACAAGAUGGUUCAGAUGUUGAAGUGAGCGAUGUGACAUACAUAGGAAUUCAAGGGUCUACAACUUCAAAAAAUUCCAUCUCAUUGAUGUGUAGUGACAGUGUGGGUUGCACCAACAUUGUACUGAAUCAAAUCAAUAUCAGAUCAGCAGUUCCAGGGGUUGAGACUUCUUCUGUUUGCAAUAACGCCCAUGUAACAUCUACAGAUUGUAAUCCACCUGUAAAUUGUCCAUCUUCAAAGAUCUGAUAAACUGGGUGAACUUCAUUAGUUAUUGAUUCAAUCAAAUGUGUUUUUGUCGUUGACAA